AUGUCUUCCGAGGCUUUCGACAACGGAAGCUCUGUUUUCGAUGCAGAUUUUUUUACCAUCAACGAUGUUUCGAUUACAGUGAUAACAAUAUCAACAAAGCUACCACUGAAUCUAAGCACCAACAAUUCUGACAGACUAGGGAUUGGAGCAAAAUUGGGUUGGAAAUCUCCUACUGAAGCCAUGCCGUGGGUGGGAUUGUAUAUUUGCAUAGCAAGUCUGGUUUGCACUCUUGCAAUGGCAGCUGACGCCUUUCAAGGCAUUAGACUAAAUGUGUUCCGAGUGGAGAAGCAAUGGAUCCAAAGGCUUCAGAUGUGGAAAAGCAGCCAUGUCUCUUCACAUAUCCUAGGACGCCAUUGCAAAAUGGUUUUUCAUAACAUCAAAAACAUGAUCUUGAACAUUUUUAUUGCAGUUCAGAUAACGGUUGUGGUUAUAUGGAACAUAAUAUGCCUCAUUCCCAUAACUUUUAUGAUCUUCCUAUGUUGUACUUACUAUUUCUGCAAGUCAUUAUUGAGAAGCUUUAAAGAAGAAUCAGAUGAAUAUAACAUCCAUAUGAGAUAA